AUGACUAAGUACAAUUUGAGUGUAGUUUCAUCUGACAUGAAAGCUCGAUUGGAGUUAAUGAUGAACAUAUACAAUCGUUUAAUGAUUUCUGAUCAAGAUGUAGUAUCAACUAAAACUACAACAGAUUAUCGUUCAUUAAAUGGUUAUAUAAAACUGAUGCAGCGUGCAACAAAUAGUAAAAAACAUAAAAAACCAACAAAAAGUCGUUUGUGUCGCCCAGCAGCAAUAAACAGAACUGUUAACGUAACAUCUAAUAAAAAAAAUUACAAAAACUAUAGCAGGUAUUAUACGACAUUACUUAUAUGUAAUUAAUUUAAAAUAAUUAUUUUGUAUUUUAAUAAUAACUAUUUACAAUUAAGUAUUUUUGUAUUUUUAGUAUAUCAUCUGCAUCAUCUCAGCCAACAAUGAGUCGAUCUCCAUCUACAGUAUUAUUAGAUUUUGAAAACAAUUCUGUGUCAGCUUGUUUUGAAGAAACUAAAAGAUUAUUAUGGACAGGUUGUAAGACUAUUGAUGAUGCUCUUGAUGUAAAUCGAGACUUGCCAAUGUGGGUACAAACUGUAGAUUUAAAUAAUAUUAUAAAACAAUUGUUAGCAUCUGCAGAUGCCAGUCGGGUUGACAAAGGAAAUUUGCAUGAUUUGGUUACUGCGUUUAUAAAUUUUAGUAUUAUUAUGAUAGACAUGUUUGGUAUAAAUGCUAAUGUGGACCAACAUUGGUGGAAACAUUCAUAUAAAAUGAUUGAGCAGCUGAUAAAUGAUAUUACUGUACACUGUCGUGCUAAAGAUCCGAAUGCAUCAUUAAAAGUAAAAGGAAAAAAUAAUGAUAGAAUAUUGAAUAAAGCACUGUCAACAAUCACACAACUAAGAAAAAUUGUGCCAAAUGACAAAUUUGAAACCCAUGUCAUUCAAAAUCCAAUUACACCUCUUGUUCCUCCCAUACAGCAACCUGCUUAUCAACCUCCAUCACCAGACUACAAUGCACAGCAAUAUGUAAACUACAAUUAUUCUAAUCCAAAUUAUAUGAAUAGUUACAACUAUCAAGGAUCAUAUCAAACACCACAGUUGAAUCGAGCACCAUACUGUUCAAUGCAGUACCGUCCACCAUAUCAACCUCCUUACCAACAAUAUCCAAAUCAAGUACGAGUAAAUCAACCGCAGUAUUACCAAUAUCUUCAGCAACCACCCAAUCCAUGGCAAAAUAAUUACCAGAAACCACCAUACCCUAUUCAUAAUGCACAAUUUACACCUACUCAGUUUGUAGCUAGUCCACAACCAAAACCUGAAGCUAAACUUAUCGAAGUAAAGGAAGACGAUGAGAAAAAAUGGCUAGAGGCACAAAAAGAUGCCAAGAAAUUAGUGAAUAAUGCUAUUAGCCAUAAUAUUUUGACAACUAGAUCUACUGAUAGUACACAUUCAUCACAAGAGAGUGAGGAAGGGUUAAUUAACAAUAUACAUUCAACAUUUGAAAAAAUAUCUGACAGGGAUACUGGAGCUCCAUUGCCAGAUGACACUGAUCGAAUGUGGAAUUUUUUAGCUAGAGAAGUAGAUAAAAAGGUUCGAUACAAAUUUCAAAAGAUGAUUAGAGAAAUGCAAGAUAUACCUAAAGAUGAGUUUAGUAGGGAGCCAGAAUUAUACGUAAGUUUUUAGUAAUACAAAUUAUAAUCAUUCAUGUAAUGGAUAUGAGUAGUAAUAAUAUAAUUUUCCAAAUUUUUUUGAAGGACACAACUUAUCAAAAUGUGGUUAGGAUACAAUUAUUUGAGCCAAUCAGAUGUAAAAUGAUCAAUAAAAAGUAUGAAAAUGUACAAGCAGUAGUUAGGGAUUUUCGAUUAGUAUUUAGUACAUUCCGUCAUAUAUCUCAGGUAAGUAAAAUAAAUUUUACAGCUCACAUUAUUUUCACUUAUACUAUUGUUCCUAUCAGCAGUCUAAUGAUAUUAAAUGUAAACUGAUGAUGGACUUUAUGGAACGCCAUUUUAAUGAAUGUCUCAGAAAGUAUUUUCGUGGAUGGAAUUUAGACAAGUAUCGCCCUGGGGUGAUUGAUAUUCUUUGA